AUGGGAAAGAUUGAAGUUGCAGCUGUACGAGAAUGGAAGGAGCAGGGCAGCAAGACAUUCAUGUGCACGGGUCGCCCCGGCUGGCUCACUGUCUCACUGCGAGUUGGCAAGUACAAGAAGACGCACAAAAACAUCAUGAUCAACCUGAUGGACAUUUUGGAAGUGGACACCAAGAAGCAGAUUGUACGUGUGGAACCCCUGGUGUCCAUGGGUCAGGUGACUGCUCUGCUAAACUCCAUUGGCUGGACCCUGCCUGUGUUGCCUGAGCUUGAUGACCUCACAGUAGGGGGGCUGAUCAUGGGCACAGGCAUCGAGUCAUCAUCCCACAAGUACGGCCUGUUCCAACACAUCUGCACUGCCUAUGAGCUGGUCCUGGCCGAUGGCAGCUUUGUGAGAUGCACUCCGUCUGAAAACUCAGACCUGUUCUAUGCCGUGCCCUGGUCCUGUGGAACCCUGGGCUUCCUGGUGGCUGCUGAGAUCCGUAUCAUCCCUGCCAAGAAGUAUGUCAAGCUGCGGUUUGAACCCGUACGUGGCCUAGAGGCCAUCUGUGACAAAUUCACCCAAGAAUCCCGGCGGUCAGAGAACCACUUUGUAGAAGGGCUGCUCUACUCCCUGGAUGAGGCCGUCAUCAUGACAGGAGUCAUGACAGAUGAAGUGGACUCUACCAAGCUCAACAGCAUUGGCAAUUACUACAAGCCCUGGUUCUUCAAGCACGUGGAGAACUACCUGAAGACAAACCAGGAGGGCCUUGAGUACAUUCCCCUGCGACACUACUACCACCGCCACACUCGCAGCAUCUUCUGGGAGCUCCAGGAUAUCAUCCCCUUUGGAAACAACCCUGUGUUCCGCUACCUCUUUGGCUGGAUGGUUCCUCCCAAGAUCUCCCUCCUGAAGCUGACCCAGGGCGAGACCCUGCGCAAGCUCUACGAGCAGCACCACGUGGUGCAGGACAUGCUGGUGCCCAUGAAGUGCCUGAUCCAGGCCCUGCACACCUUCCACAAUGACAUCCAUGUCUACCCCAUCUGGCUGUGCCCAUUCAUCCUGCCCAGCCAGCCGGGCCUGGUGCACCCCAAGGGAGACGAGACAGAGCUGUACGUGGACAUUGGUGCCUACGGGGAGCCACAUGUGAAGCACUUCGAGGCCAGGUCCUGCAUGAGGCAGCUGGAGAAGUUUGUGCGGAGCGUGCAUGGAUUCCAGAUGCUGUACGCCGACUGCUACAUGAACAGAGAGGAGUUCUGGGAGAUGUUUGAUGGCUCCUUGUACCAUAAGCUGCGGAAGCAACUAGGCUGCCAGGAGGCCUUCCCCGAGGUAUAUGACAAGAUCUGCAAGGCUGCCAGGCACUGACCGGGGCCUGUCGCCCGGAGAGACCAACAAGUGCAGUGGAAACGUUUUCCCUUUGCUCCAGCUUGGCUGCUUUCUCAGACCCACAUUUUCAGAAUGAAACCCCACCAGAAAUCCUACCCAGACAGUGCUGCUUCUGGGAAGCCGAGUUUCCAGGAUAGCUCAGGCUAGUGGAAAGACCAUGGGAUUUGGAAUCCGACAAAUCUGAGUGCAAGUCCCAGUUUAGAACUCUCUGUGCCCCAGUCUCUUCAUCUAUCCUACUUGCUGGAUAUCUUCUAAGUCAAGCACCUGUCACACAGAAGCUCCAGAAGCAGUAGCUGUUUCUUCAUUGCUUCCUCUUCAGCAUCACAUCUGACUAAAGUACUGUGGACUCAGUGGUUGAGUCCAGAAAGUUCCCCCCUCUCCCAGAUUAGGUCACCUGUGCACAGGUUUGGCUAGAAUGAUGAAGGGGACACCCUGGAAUAGCAAUGCCACUGCCUGGGUCAGCCAGAAGAGCCCCUUGCAGGGAGAAGGAAGGCUCUGACUCUUUGGAUCUCAGGGGGGCUGCAUGUGGGACAGGCAGGCCCAUGUGCUGUGCCAAAGCCAGGUCCAUUCCAAAGUUCCCUCUGUCAUCUCUGGUGACAUCCUGCCUCUUUCUCCUGUGUGCUUGGGCCUGCUGGCUGCCCCAGCCAUCUGCACAUCCACUCUUGUUUACUGUGUUCCUGUAGAAGGCAUCUUGAGAUGGAUUCCAUCCUGGCCUGGGCCCAUUCUUCCUAGCUCUAGCCCGCCAGCCUCCUCAUACCCCCGCACCACUAGAGUGGGCCAUGUGCGCUGCUCUGCCAGAUGGGGAGGGGGUGGUACCUAGUGGGAAAGUGGCACUCUCCAUGGUGCUUCCAUUAGGAGGCUCACUGUGGGGCAGGAAGCAAAGAGCUUCACUGAUUUCUCUAGCCCCUGAUUCCCCUUUUUGUUCCCCUGCCCCAGCUGUAGCUAAUUUCAGUGCCUUAACAAAUCCUGAGCUCAGAGAAAGUUAGCUCCGUUUCCGUUCCAGAGGGAAGGAACCUCCUGAGGUCCUUUCUGCCUUGUUACUGAAGUGUGGUUGUUUGUGCAACUUCAGCUUAAGAACUGCCCCGCCCUGCUGAGAACCCACAGUCUGAAAGGGAAUGGAGUUCUGGAAGGGAAGCCAGAAUUCAAGAGCUGAGCCAGGCUGGUCACAGCCUUGAUGCGUUGGAGUCAGGGACCUGGCUUUUGGUCCCUGCUCUGCUGUCACCAGGCUGUGUGGCCACGGGCACGUCAUUUGUCCCUGCAAGCUGCAGUUUCUUCACCUGUCACAUUGGUACAGAUAAGACCUCCCUGGAGCCUUUCUGCCUCACAUACCAGGGUUGCAAAACUCAUGGAAAACCUUGUUUUGUGUUGAAAUUCUGAGAAAGACUAAACAAUCCAGGUGACGUUUAGGGAUAGUUCAUCAUUUACAGUCCUUCUUUCAGCCCAGGGCCAGCUCCCAUCCCAUUUUCGGAAUGGCUCAUCUAUGACUGGCAGGCAAGUGUCCAUCUUGUCCUUUCAGGUGCCAAAAUCCUCUUAGAAUCCCACCACCCAUGGCCUCGUGUUGCAGUGUCAGCAUGGUCUGUGGGAAUUGGUCCACUUGCACUCAGAAAGCAAGAGAAUCCCCUUAGUCUUUUGGCCUCUGGAGGAGACAGGAAAAAGUAAGUCUCACUCCAGUCUGCAGAGCAUGCAGAUUUUGCCGUGGGCUCUGCUAAUAAGUCCAUGUGUAUUCUGGCUUGGUACUAGACUGAUGACUCUACUUGCUGUAGAUGAAUGGUUAUCCUGAGCUAGAUCAGUCCAACAGUGAGCAUGCCAUCAUUUCACCAGAUGCCUGAAGCUUAUAUCUCCCUUAGACCCAUAGCCAAAAUCCAGUCCAUCAAAGACCCUACCCAGGACCUAGGGCUUAGAAGGUUAUGAUCACACUAGCCUCCGAUUACAGUUUGGUUCUAGUAGCAUCUUGCCUAGAAAGGCAGUCUUCCAGAAUGGUGAGCUGAGAUCCAGCUUAUCUGUCCACACAGUGGCUUUGGGUAGGGUUCAAGUUGGUGCCAGCGGCAUGUGGAAAGGAACAUUCAGCCUCUACCCAUCCAGAGCCCUUGGGCUGGGGCUAGGAUGAUGUGUUGUUGGUGUUAUUGAAUGGGAAGAGACGGGUGGGAUGGGUGUGCAAGUGUGUGGUGUGUAAUCUUUAUUCUCCCCCUCCCCCUCUUUGGUCAUAGAGACCAAGGAAAAAGGCAUGAGGCUCCCCCAUCAGGAUCUUGUAGCCACAGGUACUGUGCCUUCUCUAAAACACACUCCUGUGGCUAUGGGUCUGCCGCUUCUGUAAAAAUAAAGUUUGACCU